GGAGGCUGAUGGUCCUGGCCACUACCCUUGGCUCCCUCCCUCCUCCUCCUCCUCCAGCCGAGAAUCAGGGCCCUGGAAAUAGCACUGAAUUGAAAACCGUUUGAAAGGUUUUAAAACGUAAUAGAUAAGAUGAAAAGUACAGCACCACUCCUCCUCAGUUAAAAAAAAGUUGAAGCAGAUGAACCCGGAUUCCUAAAGGCAGGCGUGAAACCUCGCAAGAAGACUCAUCAUAGCACCCUUGAGGCUCUGGGUGGUGCUGUGCAGGCAUACCAGAUCCAGAGCCCAGAAGACAGGAAGGAAAACGAAAGACAGAGACUUGGCCAAGAGUUUGUGUUGUGUCCUGUUAAGUGUGUAAAAAACAACGAAGACAAGCUCCACAUGCUCUAGGAUGAUAAUCUACCAGCUGAAGCCAGUCAUUUUUGGUUUUCAUUCCAAUCGCCAUUGUUCAAGAUACAGUGUUUUAAUAUAAUGCAUCCUGGGAAGGAUUCAAAGGACAAGAAACAUCUGAGGAUAUCUGAUAGUGCAUCACAAAAAGAAGCAAAAUCAAAUGGAAAAAGAAAGCGAGACUGUGAAGACCUAGAAAAUGAGCCACAAGCAAAAAAAAUACAUCUGAGGAAAGCUCCCAAAUGUCUGGACAAAACCGGGCAAUCUUUCAAUUGCUCCAUGAUCCGAAACAGAGGGGUAUUCGUCCAUCAGCUGGAAAUGCAGAAAAAUAUUGUCCAUUACAUUUAUCAGAACAUGCUGGGAAGCACAAUCAAGACACAGCUCAGAAAGUGUCUACAGGUGCCCUUUGUACGUUCUCUCUAUUCAUACCGCCUCUUCCGAACAGCAAGUCCUUUCGAUAGAAGAAUUACAUGCUUGGAAUGGCAUCCAACAUACCCUAGCACAGUUGCUGUGGGCUCCAAAGGUGGAGACAUCAUUCUGUGGGACUAUGAAGUGCUAAACAAAACCUGCUUCAUAAAAGGAAUGGGAGCUGGAGGGGCCAUCACAGGAAUGAAGUUUAACCCUUUUAAUCCUUGUCAGCUGUACACAUCAUCAAUUGCUGGAACUACUGCCCUGCAGGAUUUUAAUGGAAAUACAGUCCAGGUCUUCACCAGUACCAACGACUGGGAUUUCUGGUACUGCAGUGUUGAUGUAUCUCCAACACGUCAGUCGGUGGUGACAGGUGAUAAUGUGGGCAAUGUCAUCCUGCUUAGUACUGAGGGUAAAAAGAUAUGGAACCUGAAACUGCACAAAAAGAAAGUUACUCACGUGGAGUUUAAUUCUCACUGUGAUUGGCUCCUGGCUACAGCGUCAGUGGAUCAGACAGUUAAAAUCUGGGAUCUAAGAAACAUAAAGGACAAAUCAAGCUGUCUUCAUAUACUUCCACAUGACAAACCUGUCAAUGCAGCUUAUUUCAGCCCAACCGAUGGUGCUAAGCUACUGACUACUGAUCAGCACAGUGAAAUCCGGAUUUAUUCAUCUUCUGAUUGGUCCAAACCACAGCAUUUGAUCUCACAUCCUCAUCGCCAGUUUCAGCACCUUACGCCUAUCAAGGCAACAUGGCAUCCUCGUUAUGAUCUCAUUGUGGCUGGUCGUUACCCAGACCCUCUUUUCCCAGGAUACACAGCAGAUGAACUGAGAACAAUCGACAUAUUUGAUGGAAACAGUGGGGAGAUGGUGUGCCAGUUACAUGAUUCAAAUGCAUCGGGCAUUAUCUCGCUCAAUAAGUUUAACCCUAUGGGAGACACACUGGCCUCUGGAAUGGGCUUUAAUAUUCUUAUUUGGAGCCGUGAGGAGAUGGUGACCAAAAAGCAGGAGCAUCUCAUGCAAGCUAUGACAGAGGAGGGAAUUGGACACAGGAGCUUAUCUCGACAAGGAGGUAGAAGGCAGAGACAGUCAAACCCAGGAACAAGCAAAUCUAAAGCUAAACUACUCAGUCUUGAAUUAGAGAGCUCUAAAACUCAGGCCAAAGAACACAAAUUGCAAGAGAAAAAGAAAAGAAAGCAUCCAAAGGACUAAUCAGGCAAGCUUUUCUGUAAUGCUGGUUAAAAACAGCCGGUGCAGACACAGUGGGCUGAAAUGGCUUCAGAGGUGGCAUGCCCAUUACUCUCACCCAGCUUCUCCAGAUCAUAAAAACUGAGUUGUCAAAACAAGGCAUCCUUUAUUAAAGGCAAUAAUGGAUAAAUGUUCACUUGAAUUUAAGUGAGCUGAAAGAAGCACCAUAUUUGUGCAUAGCUGCUGAUUUUUAAUUGCCUAGGACAUUGUACAGAGCAGCGAUCUGGAGUAUCCUGGCAGUUAAGAUUGUAUUUUCAGAACAUUAUUAUUAUUAAGUUUUAUUUAUAUAGUGCUGUAAAUUUACACAGCGCUGUACAUACAGUCUUUUUAAUUAGACGGUUCCCUGCCCUCAGGCUUACAAUCUAAAAAGACAUGACACA